AUGGCCCAAGCCCCUCCUCCUCCCACCGUCAUCGCCCAAAAACAAUCCUUCCUCGCCACCCAGGCUCGUCUCCUCUCCCAACCCCUGCAACCCUCUCGCUCCUGGCUCGCCGCCAACGAGGCCGCCGAGUCCCCCAUUCCGGACCCCGUCGCCGAGCACGUCGCCGCCCGCCUCAACACGACUUUGCUGCAGCACUCGCGACGCGCCUACUCUCAUCAAGCGAGCCGUCACGUCGCCGAGCAGAUUGACGCGUUAUAUCUAUCCCAACUGUCAGCAGCGCAAAAUGACUCCUCCGAUGGUCUUUCUCUCUCCUUGGACCUGUCCGAAGAGACUGCCGUAAGGUCGCUUCCUUUGGCAUGGCCAGCCGAGCGUGAUGCGACUACCUUUCCUAUGGAAGUCAAAAGGUAUGCUGAACUCGCUGGUCGCUUGAAGGCGCUCGCCGAGCAGAGACAGCAAGCCAAAGCCCGUGUUAAGCGGCUACGGCGCAUGAAGGCCCUGCUUGACCCCUUCCGCACCGAAGAUGCCGGCGCGGGUGUGCAGGAGAACCUCGUCACCCGCGAUGGCGAGAUUGAAAAGGAGAUGGAGAAGAUGCGCAUCCUACUGGCCCGUGUAGGUGGUCGUGUAGGCCUUUUGCCCGAGUCCGCCGAAUCUGCAAGCCUGUUCAGAGACGACGACUCAUUGAUUGUAGAGCCUGCCGCUACAGGAGAGAAACGCAAACUUGACGAUCUUCUCGGCAGCUUCUGA